UCAACAACAGCUGUUUUUUGGGCAACAACAAAGAGUAGCGCGUUCCUUGAUAAGAGCAAAGUUCGUAUUUAUAUAGUUUAUUGCAAACUAAGGAUCGGAUUAAAUAAUAAAAAAAAGAAUAAGAGAAAAAUUAAUAUUAUCACCGUUAAGACUCUAAUUUUCUUACUUUACUUACGUUUGGUAAACGAAGAAAUGGCCCUCAUUCCAGCUGUAACCCGACUAACCUCGUCCGUCAUCCGGAUCCUGGGCUGCAAUCCCAGUCCCAUGACGCUUCAGGGCACAAACACCUACCUUUUGGGCAGCGGUCGGAGGAGAAUUCUGAUCGACACUGGCGACGAGGACGUGCCCCAAUACAUUGAGCACCUGGAAGACGUACUGCAGCAGGAAAGGGCAUCCAUCGACACCAUUUUGCUGACCCACUGGCACCACGACCAUGUCGGGGGUGUCAAGAGCAUCCUGGGCACCAAAUUGGCCGACAAGGAUUGCCGGGUAUUUAAAUUCAGGCGCACGGAUGCUCAAGACGUGUGCCCCGAGAUCCCGUCGCAAAUCAAACUUCAUCCGCUGGCGCACAAUCAGGAGUUCGCUACUGAGGGAGCGAGUGUGCGGGUUGUGCACACACCGGGCCACACCACCGACCAUGUCGUGCUGGCCAUGAACGAGGGCACGCUUUUUAGCGGGGACUGCAUCCUGGGCGAGGGCACCGCUGUCUUUGAGGACCUGUUUGAGUACAUGAAGAGUCUCGAGAAGAUAUUGCACAUCAAGCCGCACCGAAUCUUUCCGGGCCACGGCAAUGUUAUUGAGGAACCAAUUGGCAAGAUCGAGUACUACAUAAGCCAUCGCAACCAGCGCGAGCAGCAAAUCCUGCAGUUCUUUGUCCAGAGACCCAGUGAGCGCUGGCAGGCGAUGGACGUGGUGCGUGAGGUCUACAAGGAGACUCCGGAAAACCUCUGGCCCGCUGCCGCCUACAACGUAAACCACCACCUGAGCAAGUUGGAGAAGGAAGGAAAGCUGCGGCUUUGCAAGUCGGAGAAUGAAGAAUUUUAUGUCUACCAGCCAACCAGUGCGCUCUAGGUUGGUUUUUUCCAUUUUUGUUUUUUGUGUGCUUAAAAAUGUAAAUACCUAGAUUUUUUUGUUAAACGUUUAUUUUAAAAAUAAAUAAAAUUUAAAUAAUAUAUCGUAGUAUUUUGCAGAGACCAAAAA